AUGGAAGAGAUGCACGAUCGCCUGGUUGAAAAGGUGCAGACCUUGAGCGACCUCGAAAUUGCCGUUCUUAUCUGCCUCGUCGCUGAGCAGCACUGCAUCUUUGAGACUGAGGCGCAGCUGCUUGACACUGUAGAGUCAGAACUGAAGCUAAUUCUCGAUUUCACGAGCACUAAAUUCAGCCAGGUGGCCACGCAUGUGUUUGGUCUCACAUGGGCGGUGCUUGAAUGCAACGAGCAGACCACACUUGAUCACUUCGGCUGCGGCAUCCUCGCCAAGAAUGAGACGAGCGACGAUUAUUUCAACAGCAAAAGUGAAGCAAGCAACUUCGCGUCACUCUCAGGAUCACCAAAGCGGCCUGAUCGCCGCGCAUCGAAAACACCCAAUGCUUUCACGCAGCUCGACAGCGGAAGGAUUGCAAACAUCGUGAUCGCGAAAAAUCUGGAUCGUGCGAACAGUCAAGUCCAGACCCAGGCUCUCGAGCUCAUGAGAGGCAAACGAAACUUCACCAGGACGGCUGUGUAUGCUGCUCCCCGCCCCUUCUUGCUCGUUGCGCUGAAUGAGCUUAACACUACGCGCUUGAGUAUGCACCUAAACGAUCAAUUCUUCAUGUCGCACAAACACAACUUCGAAGACAGUCUACCGAAUCUGGAAGAGCAACACCAGAAAGCACAAGUCCUUGACGAUGAUCAAUCGACCUCGUCUGUCAUUCGUACGCCCCCGUUCGUAUCGGCAAAGAGUGCGUCUUUGGCAGCUUUAUUUUCAGCAGAGGACCUUGCAACGUUCAAUGCUCGAAUGGCAAAAGUCAAGAUUAGCUCUGAGGUUCGUGCGUACCUGCAUAACAUAGUGGUCUUCAUGAGGCUUCAUCGAGCUGUCGCCGGUGGUAUCUCAGCACUGUCCACGAGGCACUUCAGCACCCUAGCAUAUGCGCUUGCACCACUUCAUGGUCUCGAUUACAUCUCUCCGUCGACGGUCGCGCUUGCGGCCCGCAAGAUCUAUCCCCAUCGAAUCGUCAUUAUAGCACCAGAGAACGAGCGUAGUUUGCAAUGGGGUAGCUCUCUGGAAGCCGUGAAGGCUGUGCUUGAUGGUGUUACUGCGGACGAUGUCGUGGAAGAAGUGCUGCAGUCUGUUGAAGUGCCGCUAUGA